AUGUAUCAAACGUAUCGUGAAUGUCGUUCGGCAAUGUCGGACUCGAUGCUGGAGCCGAUCUAUAUCGAAGAGGAGGACGGUGCCAUUCAGAGAACUGUGUACGAGUUCUCGCCUCGUCCUCGUGAACGUAUCGUCAGUUUCCAUAUGGUCCGGCCUCAACCAACGAAAAUUGGAGUCUCCAAACAAGCUCCACCCUCGGUAUCACAGCAACUCAAACCAAUCCAAGGAGAGCCAGGAAAAGCUGCAAAGUUCAUUGUCAACUUCGAUGGUGCAGCUCCAAUCAAGGUUACAUGGUUCAAAGAUGGUAAAGAGAUCAAGAGCACAUUCCGAAACCAAAUCACUACCACCAACAACAGCUCUACACUCCAUAUUGGA